GCAGCGAGGCUGCGCGCGUGUGUCAUGGCGUCUCCCUGGAAAAGGGUCGGGUUGGCUGUUAAAUAAGAAAAUCUAAAUCCUGAGGAUAACAGUGUUUACGCAUUCAUUUGAAAAAUCAUACAUCUUUAAGGACGUGAAUAUGGGGACGGUGCACGCAAGGAGUAUGGAUCCUGUCCCGAUGCACGGGCGAGACCUGGGCGUUCACCCUGAUGACCUGGAAGUGUUGGAGGCACAGCAGGAAACCAAGAAAGAGGUUCUAGAAAAUAAAGAUAUUGUUGUGCAACAUGUCAGCAUCGAAGGCUUGGGAAGAACUAAAGAGGACUACCUGGGCUAUGAGAUCUCUGAUGUCUUCAAUGCCAAAAAUCUCAUCGAUGUGAUGAGGAAAUCACAUGAAGCUCGGAUGAAGUUGCUCCGUUUGGGCAUAUUCAAAGAGGUGGAAGUUCUUAUUGACAUCUCAGAAGGAGAUGAUGCCUUGCCUAAUGGUUUGGAUGUGACGUUUGAGGUGACGGAGAUGAAGAGGGUGACAGGCAGUUAUAACACCAUGGUUGGAAACAAUGAGGGUAGCAUGGUGCUUGGCAUUAAAUUACCCAACAUUUGUGGCCGUGGGGAGAAGCUCACCUUCCAGUUUUCUUAUGGGACUAAGGAGACAUCGUAUGGCUUGUCCUUCUUCAAACCUCAGCCUGGUUAUUUUGAACGCAACUUUGCACUAAAUCUUUACAAAGUGACUGGCCAGUUUCCCUGGAGUUCACUGAAGGAGACUGACAGGGGAGUUUCAACAGAACUUAAUUUUCCACUCUGGAUGACAGUUCACACAUUGAAGUGGGAGGGUGUGUGGCGGGAGCUGAGCUGUCUCGCACGCAGUGCGUCGUUUGCCGUGCGAGAGGAAAGCGGACACACACUCAAAUCUGCUCUCUCGCACACUAUGACUAUAGACACCAGGAGCUCUGCCAUCCUUCCUAGAAAAGGUGCCUUAAUUCGGAUCAACCAGGAGCUAGCGGGUUACACCGGAGGAGAUACAAGUUUUCUGAAGGAAGACUUUGAGCUGCAAUUAAACAAGCCCUUCCUCUGGGGCUCUGUGCUCUCGGCAUCUCUUUGGGGAGGAAUGGUCCUUCCUAUCGGAGGUCAACCCAUCUCCGUUGCAGACAAGUUCUACCUGGGCGGUCCAACCAGCGUGAGAGGAUUUGGCAUGUACUGCAUCGGCCCGCAGAGUGAAGGUGACUACCUGGGUGGAGACGCGUAUUGGGCUGGAGGGCUCCACCUGUACACGCCAAUCCCGUUACGCACUGCAAGGGGCGGCUUCGCCGAUCUCUUCAGAACACACUUCUUCCUUAACGCAGGAAAUCUCUGCAACCUCAACUACGGUGAGGGUCCACACGCACACUUGCAGAAAUUAGCCGAAUGUAUUCGGUGGUCCUACGGUGCAGGCAUCAUCCUCCGUUUGGGAAACAUUGCAAGGCUAGAACUCAAUUACUGCAUUCCCAUGGGUGUUCAGAGCGGAGACAGGAUAUGCGACGGUGUACAGUUUGGGGCUGGGAUCCGUUUCUUGUGACAUCGUCAGCUGCUGUUCUAGUCCUGAAGACGACUUGAGGGAUUAGAUGAGUGUAGUAAUGUCAGAAUGAGAUCCCUCCUGCAUGCAAAGUGUGAGGGGCUUCAUCCUCCAAGGACAAAACAUGACUGAACUUGUUAAUCUUUUUGACCCUUGUUGGUUUUUAUUGCAAUCUAGGACCUAUUAUUCAUGUGUAAUUACAGGUGCAAUAACCAGGCUGUGUGAGGAUGCUGUUGAUAGCUUCAACUAUUUAUGUUGUGUGAAAGCACCGAAUAUGAAGUGAGGCAUUAGGUGGGAAAGAAAUACUGUCUGUUAUCCACCUUUUGUCAUUGGGGGAUGUCAGUAAAUGUCGUGACUUGUGUUGAAAUCCAUGUAAAAUAUCAGGUACUGACCGAUCAGAGGAAACAUGCUUUUAAGAUAAACCUAAUGCAGUCACUUGUAUUUCUAGUUGUUAAUUUAAGCACUUUUUUGUUUUCUCACUGAAGUGGUACAUUGCAUAAUUCUACUUGUUGACUCCAUUUGAAUGAAUCGAUCCCCAGGCUUCAGUGAAUUGGUUCAGUGAAUGUUAUUGAUUCCUUUUCUUUCUGUAGACUUUAUGGGUUCAACAUCCCACUCAAGGUCCACCAGCAGUGCUCUUAUUGUGAGUCCUGUUUUAAAUGUCUGUUAAGUUGUUGUACAGCAAGUAAGAAUAAAUUUUAUUUGCCCCGGUCUGACCCUUUGAAA